AUGGAGGACCAAGAGGAGGAUCAAGAGGGGGACCCAGAGGAGGACCAAGAGGGGGACCAAGAGGGGGACAAAGAGGGAGACCAAGAGGAGGACCAAGAGGAGGACCAAGAGGAGGACCAAGAGGAGGACCAAGAGGAGGACCAAGAGGAGGACCAAGAGAAACGGGAGGAUCCGGAGCGGGCGAGUCCUCGCGGCGCCGUCGUCUGGCGCGAGGUUGGGGAUGAUGAAGGAAGUAAAAGCAAGGAGAAAGGUUGGCGUCUCGAUGAUUUAUGCCCUUGGCGUCGUCGGAGCAGCGCUGUUGGUUAG